AAAGGAGGCGGCGGCCGCGGCUGCGAGCAACAGAUCCGGGCGCUGCGAGCUCACCCGCUCUGCUGUUGGGCGAUUUUGUUUUUGUAAUUUCCUCCAAAUCUAUUAAUUUGGAAAACCUUGCAUUUUUUAAUGGCGCUGGCCCUGGGUCAGCGGGCGCUUUUCUCUGCCUCAAGAUGGGCUUUGCCGUUUCCGUCGUGGGCACCCGUGGUGGUCUGAUUGUCAGCCUUCUCCGGGCAUUUUUAAGGCCAAGAGCCGAGCGCUGCAUGUAGGCAAAUCACCCUACGGAGCGGUUUGGCUUUUGAAAUUAUUGUUAUUAUUUUGGGCAGAGAACAGUCGACCUCGGGCACUCGGUCCUCUUUGCUGGAGAGGCUGCGAGUGUGAAAUUCCUCCCGGGGUGAGCAAGCCCGGUCCCGCGCACAGUCCAGGCGGCCCAGCGUGUGCGUCCUGUCCCCGCCGGCGCCGGGAAAAUGGAGGCUGUGAUUGAGAAGGAAUGCAGCGCGCUCGGAGGCCUCUUCCAGACCAUCAUCAGCGACAUGAAGGGGAGCUACCCAGUUUGGGAAGAUUUCAUAAACAAAGCGGGGAAACUGCAGUCCCAGCUUCGGACAACAGUAGUAGCGGCAGCUGCCUUCUUGGACGCCUUUCAGAAAGUGGCCGACAUGGCUACCAACACACGUGGUGGAACCAGGGAGAUCGGCUCCGCCCUCACCCGGAUGUGCAUGCGGCACCGGAGCAUCGAGGCCAAGCUGAGGCAGUUUUCCAGUGCUUUAAUCGACUGUCUGAUAAACCCACUUCAAGAACAGAUGGAAGAAUGGAAGAAAGUGGCCAACCAGCUGGAUAAAGACCACGCAAAAGAAUAUAAAAAAGCUCGUCAAGAGAUAAAGAAGAAGUCCUCGGAUACACUGAAACUGCAGAAGAAAGCGAAGAAAGGGAGGGGCGACAUCCAGCCGCAGUUGGACAGCGCGCUCCAGGAUGUCAACGACAAGUACCUCCUGUUGGAGGAGACCGAGAAGCAGGCGGUCCGCAAGGCGCUGAUCGAAGAGCGCGGCCGGUUCUGCACCUUCAUCUCGAUGCUGCGGCCAGUGAUCGAGGAAGAAAUCUCCAUGCUGGGGGAGAUAACGCACCUGCAGACCAUCUCCGAAGACCUGAAGAGCCUGACCAUGGACCCCCACAAGCUGCCCUCCUCCAGUGAGCAGGUGAUCUUGGACCUGAAAGGCUCUGACUACAGUUGGUCGUACCAGACGCCGCCCUCGUCCCCCAGCACCACCAUGUCCCGCAAGUCAAGUGUCUGCAGCAGCCUGAACAGCGUGAACAGCAGCGACUCGCGCUCCAGCGGCUCGCACUCGCACUCGCCCAGCUCCCACUACCGCUGCCGCAGCUCCAACCUGGCCCAGCAGGCGCCCGUGCGGCUGUCCAGCGUGUCCUCGCACGACUCGGGCUUCAUAUCCCAGGACGCCUUCCAGUCCAAGUCACCGUCCCCCAUGCCACCCGAGGCCCCCACCCAGAACUCGUCCAGCUCGGCCUCCUCGGAAGCCUCCGAAACCUGCCAGUCAGUCAGCGAGUGCAGCUCGCCCACCUCGGUCAGCUCAGGCUCCACCAUGGGCGCCUGGGCCUCCACAGAGAAGUUGUCUAACGGGUUUACUCACUAUAGUUUAUCAAGUGAGUCCCAUGUGGGGCCCGUGGGGGCAAGCCUUUUCCCUCAUUGCCCGCCUGCCUCCCGCCUGCUCCCUCGGGUCACCUCUGUCCACCUUCCAGACUACAAUCAUUAUUACACCAUUGGGCCCGGCAUGUUCCCGUCAUCUCAGAUCCCUAGCUGGAAGGACUGGGCCAAGCCAGGGCCUUAUGACCAGCCUCUGGUGAACACCCUACAGCGCCGCAAAGAGAAGCGGGAGCAGGACCCCAGCGGAGGAGGACCCGCCGCCGCGGGUGGCCCGUCUGCAGCUGCCGAGGAGGCUCAGAGGCCACGGAGCAUGACCGUAUCCGCUGCCACCAGGCCUGGCGAGGAGAUGGAGGCAUGUGAGGAACUGGCUCUGGCCCUGUCGCGGGGCCUCCAGCUGGACACCCAGAGGAGCAGCCGGGACUCGCUGCAGUGCUCCAGUGGCUACAGCACCCAGACCACCACCCCGUGCUGCUCAGAGGACACCAUUCCCUCCCAAGAAGAAUCAGAAAGCAGAGCCGCUGCCUUGGAGGUUUCUAAUCGAAUCCUAUCAUCAGUUUCAGAUUACGAUUAUUUCUCGGUAAGUGGUGACCAGGAGGCAGACCAGCAGCAGGAGUUUGACAAAUCCUCCACCAUCCCGAGGAACAGCGACAUCAGCCAGUCCUACCGACGGAUGUUCCAAGCCAAGCGCCCGGCCUCCACUGCUGGCCUCCCCACCACCCUCGGACCUGCCAUGGUCACCCCAGGGGUUGCAACCAUCCGACGGACCCCUUCCACCAAGCCCUCUGUCCGCCGGGGGACCAUCGGAGCCGGUCCCAUCCCCAUCAAGACACCCGUGAUCCCCGUGAAGACCCCAACCGUCCCAGACCUCCCUGGGGUGUUGCCAGCCCCUCCAGAUGGGCCAGAGGAGCGAGGUGAGCACAGCCCGGAGUCGCCCUCUGUGGGUGAGGGCCCCCAGGGGGUCACCAGCAUGCCGUCCUCACUGUGGAGCGGCCAAGCCUCCGUCAACCCUCCCCUUCCAGGCCCGAAGCCAAGUAUCCCUGAGGAGCACAGACAGGCGAUCCCAGAGAGCGAGGCCGAAGACCAGGAGAGGGAUCCCUCCAGUGCCACUGCCUCCCCGGGCCGGGCUCCAGAGAGUGAGCCCGCAGACCUGAGCCCCAGGGAUGCCCCCCAAGGAGAAGACAUGCUGAAUGCCAUCCGAAGGGGCGUGAAACUGAAGAAGACCAUGACAAAUGACCGCUCGGCCCCUCGCUUCUCGUAGGCUCACGAGAAAUGCUGCCAGUGGGGAAUGACUGUUUAAUUAAUAAAACCUAAUUUGUCUUAUCCAUUCCAAUCUAUAAUCCAACAAAAGAUUUUGUAGGCAACUCAGAAUACAGCUCUUUUGAAAGUACUCGACACCUUUAGAUAAGAAUUAAAAGCAACAUAUGUAACUGACAUAAUCUUGAUCUUUUAAUUUGUAAAUAUCGACAACUUACUUUCUGCACAUUUAAAAUUAGUUUCCCUUUUGAUUUUUCUGAAGGUGCCAAAUUCCACUUAACUUUUUUAUAAGUCUUUGUAAAAUUUUAAAUGCAUAAGGGGGGGGAGGGCUCAGGGCAGGGGAACCACGAAGUAGUUAAUUUCAGAAAAAAAGGGGUAUCUUUUUCUUUUCUUUUUUUUUUCCUGCAAGCUUUUGUAGAUGCAUUGUAGAAGUCUGGCUUAGAAGCAAAUUCAAGUUAUUUUAAUGUACAAACAAAAAGGUAAGAGGUAAACUCUUCAUUUAAAUACAUGAUGUUCUGAAUGAGCAAAGCAGUAGCAAGAGUUGAUGAGCACUAUUCGGAGUGAAAUGAAUCUGGAGGGUAGACUGUUGGGAUUGGGGGGAGGGCCAUGGGAGGGGCACUGUCAACAUAGCCGACCUGUCACAUUUAAGAGUAGCCUCGUAGGUUGAAUUUCUAGUAGCUUCAUGGUUAAUGCAUCCGAAUAAGCCAUACUGGAUUGCGGUGUUUGUUUCUGUAAGGUGUUUAAGGACUUCCUUUCUCCGAUUCCUCUUGACUGCACACAGCACCCACCUCCAAUCCUGUGCAUGCUGCCACCACCGGGUAGACAUAGAAUUUAUCCCCCACUUAGUUACUCGUCUGUUAUACCCAUUUUCAUCGAAUCCAGAUGCAUCCAAAAGGGUAAGGCAGUUUCAAAAUGUGAAAACAUUUAAACAUGAUAGCAGGGAAUUCUUAGAUAAAGCAAAUGCCUUUUACUUAACUGUGCCCAGCAGGCUGGGUGCAUUGAAAAGCCCAAAUAUUUUGAAAAAACUUGAGCGGAUUUAACAAGAGUAACCAGCUUAGCGUCCAGCAACUUGCCAAUGUGUUUACCAAUCCGGGGGCUUGUUUUUCUUAAUUGGCUUCAUGCUAAACAAUGAAGAGAGGAGGAUUUAUUUAUUGUCACUCGGAAUCUGACCACUAGACUGUCCCUCUUUUUGUAUUCUAGAUAAUGUUUUUUGGAAUGGAUUUAUGUCUUUUCUUCAAGUGAAAAUUAAAUUUGUUACAAUGCCCAUCCCCUAAAGCCAACAGGGACUUGUAGAUUUAGAGGGUUCAUGUUUGGAGAAUGUAAACAUGAAAAAGCAAGCAAUUCCUAGUAGCUGGGUCAGCUGACAGUGCCCCUUUGUGACCAGACCUGUCAAGGGAUGAUAGGGGCGUGGUGGGUCCCACACACCCUGCAGGUUCCUGUUGGCUCCUAUCUUCAAUUACAUAAUCUUAUGCUUUAAUACAUAACUGCAUUGGAUGUGAGAGUAACGUACCUGUAUAGUCAUUAAUUCUAUAUAUUAACAUUUAACACUGCUGUGAUUGCUCAAGGACAUUUUAUGUUAUGGCUUUAAAGCAAAGGCAUGAUUAUUAGAAAUUAAGCUUUUUUUUCUUUGAAAAACAAGCUCCUUUUACAGAAUAUAAGCAACAGUAGUGCCUAUGGUUUAGCCCACCAAUCUCGAGGACUAACAAGUAGCUGAUGCAUUGUGCAUAUGAUGCUUGAGAUGGUUUUUGCAAAAGCAGAAAUCACUGCAAGGUAAUUACAAUAGGUAAGAGUGGUAUUUUAAACCUUUGAAAUAAAUGGAUGUAACUGUACCUCGGUACAGCUUUUCACUUGUUUAGUUUUUAAACGUUAGUAUAAUCUGAAGAAAUUUAAUAUAAAAUGUUGCCAAAUUUACUGUAGAAAGAAUGUGACAAAACACCUUGGGUAGUCCUGUUUGUGUUUUUGCAUAUUGUAAAAGCAGUGUCACAGCUACAAAUAAAGAAAUCGUUUCUAAAGGUAAAUUAUUGUGGUUUAGUUGCUAGUUUGUACUGAGAGUUGACCUCUCCCUGUGCAGUUUUUGUUCUAAACUUGUAUAAAUAACAAUUGUGUAAUGUGUUUCCCUUCUAUCUUGUAACAAUUGCUUCAGCCUACAUUAUAAAUAAAGAACCACUAGAAAAAAAAAAAA